CCGCGACCCUAUUUUUUUUCCCCUCAGGCCCCAGGAAGGUGCGUUCCCAACAAUUGUAGGGCGUGUGAAACCCUGCGAUGAUCUCAUUAUAGGCGUUCUUUUUCGGUUUUCCCCUUUCCCGUAUCUGCUGAUGAGCGCGAUUAUCCCCAUGGUUACAUCCCGCGACAAUUGGUUGCUCUCGACGGGAAUGAGACCAUGUGUGAAACCUCGCUCACCACCGUUCCUUUUUAAAUAGUUUGGCUGCUCUACCUCGAGAUCUCGGCCAUGGCGGCUCCCGAGCCGGCCCUUCAGCGGCCGAGCCUCUCCAUGCGCUUAAAAUCGGCCAUGAUUAUGGGCAUGACGGGCGUUUUGUCAAAGUGCUUUUUGUACGGGUUUAACCGCGUUGAGGUGACGGGUCUCUCGCGCUUCCUUGAUAUCCUAGACAGCCGUAGAGACCCUGCAAAGCGCCAGCGCGGACUCUUAACUGUUUCGAACCAUAUCAGCGUACUCGAUGACCCCGUCGUCUGGGGCAUCCUCCCCCUGAGCUACGCCUUUGACCCAACCAACCUGCGCUGGACCCUUGGCGCCGCCGACAUCUGCUUUUCAAACAAGCUAUUCUCCAACUUCUUCACUUACGGCCAGGUUCUGCCCUGUCACCGGCUCAAGCACUCGCCCUUCGGCGGGCCCUUCCAGCCGGCCUUGACCCAAGCCCUCCGCCUCCUCUCGCACCCCCCAGCCACCUCCCUUUCCCCAUCAUCCCAACGAGCCGCCGCCGCCGCCGCCGCCGCCGCCAACCCGCCAGCGACGUACACAACCACCGGCACCGACGUGCACACCGCCCCUCUCCAGGCUUACCCCUCCCACCGCCGCUACAGCUGGGUACACGUCUUCCCCGAGGGGUGCGUGCACCAGCACGCGUCGACCGACCUGCGCUACUUCAAGUGGGGGCUGGCGCGGCUGAUUCUCGAGGCGGACCCGGCCCCGGACGUGCUUCCCAUGUUCAUCGACGGCACGCAGCGCGUCAUGCCCGAGGACCGCGGCUUCCCGCGCUUCCUGCCCCGGGUGGGCAAGACGGUGAGGGUCGCCUUCGGCGAGGUCCUCGACUACGAGCGCACCUUUGGCGACCUCAAGAGGCGCUGGGAGGGCCUGGUGAGGAGGGAGAGGGAGAGGAUCGAGAAGCAGCAGCCGCAAGGCGGUGACGCGCUGGCGAGGCAGGCCGAGAGCAUGCUGGUCGGGGAGCUGGCGACGGAUGAGCUCAAGUACGGCAAGGAGGCGCAAGAGAUCAGGAUAGAGGUUGCGCGGCGGAUGAGGGCCGAGAUCCUCAAAGUGAGGGAGUCGCUGGGCGGGUACCCCGAGCCGGAUCCGAAGUUUGCCUUGGCUGAGACGUGGCGGUUGGAUGGUGAUAUCGAGGCCAAGAAGUACAAGAGCCGGGUGGAUGGGAGUAAUAUCAGCCAGGAUUGAGCCGUGGCUGUUCUUUCAUGUGUUCUCAUUUGCUUGGCAAAAGGUACAGAAGUUGGUUUAGACAGAAGCUUGUUAGAUAAUUGUGGAUAUACAACAGCGAACCGGCAACAUAUGGAUUGGAAGGGCCUUACGUAGUCCCGAUUCCUCUGGAAGGGGCACCAUCGCGCGCUAACGGGAAUGGGUUAUUUGUUCUUUUCUUUCUGGGAUGAAAGUCAUUUGUG